AUGUAUGACAAAGUAUGGACUAAAUUUCAAACACCAGUGGGGAUAACAACGUCUUUGCCAAUGAAAGUGGGACUACAUCAGGGAUCGACACUAAGCCUUUUCAUUUUUACAGUUAUUAUGAAAGAGAUUACUAAAUCGAUCUGGGAUACUGUACCAUGGUGCAUGUUAUUUGCUGAUGAUAUUGUGUUGGUAGUAGAAACUAAAGAGGAAGUUAAUAAUAAAUUGGAAGAGUGGAGGGAAAUUUUAGAAAGUAGAGGGUUGCGCAUAAGUUGUUCGGAUACAGAAUAUUUGUGUUGCGACUUUAGUAGGACAUCGUCGAUAGGGGAGCCAAAGGUGACCAUUGGUGAAGAAAUUGUUGCCGGUACAACUAAGUUCAAGCAUUUGAGAUCGAUUAUUCUGAGCACUGGGAAGGUUGAUGGAGAUGUAACUCAUCGUAUACAAGCGGGUUGGCUCAAAUGGAUUGCUUUGCUGUAUGGGACUGAAUGUUGGCCUGUAAAGAAGACUUUUGAAUAUAAAAUGGAAAUCACAGAAAUGCGUAUGCUAAGAGAAAGACUUCUGACACCCUCGUGUGGCGGAUCGAAAUGGUUGGAAUAUUGGCAUACCAACCUAGAGGUCUUAAGUUCAAAUCCUAUUCAAGGAAAAAAUAUUAGCUUUGGGAAACCACUAGAUACAAUUGGUAUUUAUAAUGAGUACAUAGAGUCUGAUUAA